UGGACUCCGGGCAGAGGCACAUCGGGCUGGACUCCGGGCAGAGGCACAUCGGGCUGGACUCCGGGCAGAGGCACAUCGGGCUGGACUCCGGGCAGAGGCACAUCGGGCUGGACUCCGGGCAGAGGCACAUCGGGCUGGACUCCGGGCAGAGGCACAUCGGGCUGGACUCCGGGCAGAGGCACAUCGGGCUGGACUCCGGGCAGAGGCACAUCGGGCUGGACUCCGGGCAGAGGCACCGGGCGGAGCGGCAGGCAUCGGGCCUUCAGGCGGGGCGACAGGCAUCGGGCCCCCAGGCGGGGUGGCGGGCGCCGGACCCCCAGGCGGAGCGACAGGUCUCGGGCCCCCAGGCGGAGCGGCGGGCGCCGGACCCCCAGGCGGAGCGACAGGUCUCGGGCCCCCAGGCGGAGCGGCGGGCGCCGGACUCCCCAGGCG